UGAUAAUACUGAAAUUCCAAAAAUUGAUUGGGAACAAGUGGUCGACGAGAUAGUCAAUAAAAUUGUGAAGUCGCAGGCGGUCGAAACCUUAACUACUAUUAGACAGAAGAUCUACGAACUUCAGAGCCACUGCAUUCCGCCGUCGCUCGUUCUAAAG